AUGUCUGCCAUUAUCACCAAAGCCACCAAUACCGUUAACGGUUUAGUCAACAAGUCUACUCAAUUUGUUAAUUGCGCUACUUACUGGGGUAAGGUCAGUGCCGAAGUUGGUAAAAUUGUUUACAAAAGUGAAGGGUUAGCACCACCAACACAACAAAACUUCCAACAAGUUUACCAAAAUGCAUUUAAGUUCAUUAAAUCUCCACAACAACAAAAGGACUUUCUCGUCAAGGCUGCUCAAUUCAAACCAACCAAAGAAUGUGCUGUUAAGGCCGCUGUUUAUGGUACCCAGUUAUUAGGUUUCUUUUCUGUUGGUGAAAUAAUCGGUAGAAGAAGUGUUUUCGGUUACCCAUCCGUAGGUAGCCACCAUUAA